CAGGGCCUAAAUUCAGGGAUUUUUUUGCUACCUACCAGUAGAAGCAAGGGGCCGUCUGGGUUGAUCCCGUUUGUCGCACCGUGACAACUUGCAACGAUGCAUUUAAUCUUUCUCCUCCAAGUAUGUCUGUCGUCGGGAGGUCUCUAGCGCCCUUCACAGUCACCGACACGGACUGCUCAGUCUUCAAUGGAUAUACUCUGAAGCACGCAUGGACAACCAACAGUCUGGCACUUGCUCACCCUAUGAGGUCGCGUGGGAUGCUUGGCACGACGCCCCUAUUCUAUUGUAUCACCACCUCAACGAAAGACCCCUUUCCCAUCACUCACCCCGCCAUGAUGGCUACGAAAUCCGAAGUCAUCGAUAAUAGCAAGUCCAUUGCUAGCUCGCCUCCAUCAGACGUGCCACCUGUUCUACCUCGCAUUCGUGAUCUUGUCUCCACCACGAAUCUCAGCCCUUCCUCCAUUGAAUUAAUUGCCAAUAAAUGUGCUUAUGAUCUCACAGCUGCAGAGCUCUCCGACCUUCUGCAAACACUCAAUAUCGAGGGUCACACGGCGCUAUAUUGGGCAAUUGUGAAUCACCGGCAAGAGGGACUCUCGGCGUUUAGGUUAUUCAUCUCAAAAUUGUCAUCCGAAUGUUCUUCCGACCUACGUCUUGCAUGCAUGCGAACUAACGACCAUGCAUUAUUCUUGAAACUGAAUUUGCAGAAUACUGAUGCACAGGACAAGUCUUUAAGACAAUUUCUGGGCUGUCCACCAGAUGAGAUUGAAGUGCAUGAUGCGAGGGGACUGGACGACAACUAG